AUAUCGAUUCCCUUGUUGGCCGCUAGAGCGCACUCACGUCUAAUUCUAAAUAUGGCGGCACGAUCAAUGAAGUAGUAGUGUGUAGUGAAGUCUAGUGUAAAAAAUUGAAAUGUUCGAGGUCUGUGUUAGUUUUGUGUAUGGUAUGAACCAAUAAAUGGGCCAUGGGAAGAGGCCAGGAAUUAUUAGAUGCCGCGCGCGAAGGCGAUAGAUGGACUGUAGAGAAAAUUCUCGGUCAAAUAACUAAAAGGAGUGGUCCGUUUACAAGUUUGCGGAGAGGCGCCGGUGUCAACGUACAAGAUGAUAACGGCUAUACACCCCUACAUCACGCGUGUUUACGCGGGCACAAAGACAUAGUCAGAGUUCUGCUGUCUGUGGACGCGUUACCAACUGUUGUGGACAAGAAGGGAGCGACACCACUCCAUCUAGCGGCAUGGAAGGGAGACUCGGAUAUCGUCUCUAUGCUGUUAGAACAUAACAAUCCUUCAGUUAACAUCGACCAAAGGACAUCUAAUCAAGAGACAGCGUUGUUAAUAGCCGCUCAGUCCGGGUAUAUCGACGUGGUUGCACAGCUGCUGUCGAGAGGCGCUGAUGCUGAGCUCAGGAACUUGAAGGAUGAAAGUGCUUUAGACUUGGCGGCGCAGUAUGGACGUUUAGAGACGGUCCAGCACAUGCUCAGAGCACGGCCGCUGUUAGUGCAGCCUUACAAGUAUCCCAACACGAGGGAACAUAUAUUCCCGUCUUCAACUCCCUUACAUCGAGCAAGCAAAAAUGGACACAAGGAGGUAGUGAUAGCUUUGUUAGAAGCUGGUUUCGAUCCCAAUGUGAGAUCGUACUCUGGAACGCCACUACACGAGGCUGCCUGCUUCGGCAAGGCGUGUGUUGUGCGCGCGCUGCUGGAGAAGGGGGCGGACCUUCACGCCGUUAAUAACAAGGGGAUGACAGUGGACAGGUUACUUCUCGAAUAUUCCGGAGAGGCGUCCAAAAGAAUCAAAAGGGUUAUACGGGAGUAUGAAAGUAUGGCAUGCAACCACGAAAGCUGGGAGGAUAUGCCGCCCUUCCCCGUGCAGGGAUACAGUCCCACAGGGUACCCCGCCUCCUCACAUGUGAAAGCCCCAAUGACCCAGAAAAAUACUAACAAAACUGAAAGCUUAUUUCCGUCAUCUUCGUCUCUAACAAAAAAUAUUCAACCUCAAAGUUUUGUCAAAAAGCUUGCUUCGAAAUGCUUGGGCUUGAAAGCGAAAUUUAAUUCUGCUCCUAAUAUUUCUAACAACUCGGGUUUAGAGUCGGAAACUGAUGCUAAAUCGAAACUAUCUGAAAGUAAAAACUCUGUCAAUACUUUGCUAAUCGGCAAUAGUAAGUUUUUUAAAAUAUUGUCGAAAAAGGAGGAGUCGGGUGAUAUUAUUUGUAACGAUGAAUUCGAUACUAUUUCUUUAGACAGAUUAGGGACGUUAAAUAGAGAUUCUACUGUUAAUCGAAGUAAUCGAAGUUGUCCUGGGUUUAAAACAUCAUUGCCUAACAUAUCGGAAAACAAUGAAAUAAGUGAUUCCCAAGAAUCCAUAGUCGAUAGUUCUACAGAUAUCGUAGAAAAUUAUGACAACAACGUCUCUUUCCCAUCGCCACCUACAGAAGCAGUGAAUUUUGAUGCAAAGUUUAGUAGUAUAUUUGAACCUAGAGUGUUACAUAAUCGUAAAUCUUUGAUUUCAACGACUUCUUUAGAAUCAGCCACUUUGAUUAACGAAUGUUACGAAUCAUAUGAAUUCUCAUCAAAAAGUUCAAUUUCUUACAUUGAACCAAUUACGAUCUUGCAAAACAUUACACAGUUACCGAAACCAACACCGAGAUCAAAUAAUAGUAAUGUGAAAGAUAAUGAUUUAACGACGUACGAAAAUGUCGCUAUUGAAAACAAACCAUCUCGUCCAACACCAGCUAUCAGAACUCAUAUUCCCCCCAAAAAACUAUUGGAUGAUUCAGAACUAAGACCGUUAUAUGAAAAUAUAUCUCUAACACGGGAACGAAGACUACCGGAAGUACCAAAGCGAAAUAUACUGACCCAAGAAAGAUCCAAUAAUACUUCUCCUAAUAUUAGUAGGUCAUCGACUCUGUCUUCUGAUUCCAUGAUUGAUGAAUCAAAUUUAGAGGAUAUUCUAUUAUCAACUAAGUCUAAAUCAUUUCGUCAUUCUAAAAUAUCUGUUAUCGACAAUAACACAAAUAAAGCUAAAGUUCAAAGGACACUGUCAGAUUCGUCAGAUUCAUCUAACCAUACUGAAGCCAGUGCGUUGGAAAAUGUUGAUUGCACUGACGAUGAUAACGAUAAGAGUAUCCGCUUAUCAAUGACUGGAACAUUACCCAAUAAGAAAACUGAAGAUAAUGGACGUAAGAAAGUUCUCUUUAGACAUAAAACAUUCACUAAUAUAGAACUAGACAGAAAUUCAACGAAUGUCAGAGAUUUACCCAAAUGGAAUAGCACGAUUUUAAAAGAUACGUUACCAAAUUAUCACAUUAAAGGUACAGGUCACUGCAUAUAUAAAGCUCCGACAGUCCAAGAAUUUAUUGAUAUAUUUAAUAGAGAAACACUUUUCAAAGAUAAUGAUCCUUUUACAACAGGACUGUCCACUAGCGAAAAGAGAGACAGUUAUUUUGAAACUGCGAUAUGUUUUUGUAAGCCGAAACGUCCUAAAAAUCAUGCCAGCGCGGAGGACUUGCUAGAAAUUAAUCAGGUUGAGGCCGAAGAAGUUAUAAUUGAUAUGGAAGAUUUCAGAAACAAACUGGAGUUGAGGUCUACAUCAUUUCGUUGUUUCUGCGACAACAAAAACUGCAAAAUGCAUGAUGAUCACAGAAAGAAUAAUAUCGAUUUUGUUAUUAAAUUUUCUGCUAUAAAGAGAAGUAUCUCUACCCCAGAUAUCACACUCGAAGCUUCUCCUUUUUCGUCAAUACAAAAACCGCGUUUAACUAAAAUUAAGUCAGUUCCGUCAAACCUAGAAGAACCCAAUGCUAGUGGUAAAGUUGAAAAAAUAGUCGCGAGUAAUUAUACAAAUGACAACAUACUGUAUACUCCUGCAUAUGUAACAAUGUCAUCUCACACUUCGACAUCAUCAUCAUCUUAUGAACGUUAUUCCGUUAAAGAUAUCGCUGAAGUCAUAUCAAUAGGUAGUCAUUCAACAUCAGCCGACACUAACUCACAAGCUUCUGAUACUGUGCAUUUACCGCCACGUCAAUCGAGCUCAUCGGAACACUCCGGUCAAUGGUCACUGCAAUCGUGUAAUUCCAACGUCACGAUUAAAUCCGAUGCAUCUUUUAAAACAUGCCUCGAAGAGUCUUCCGAGGAUGAUUCGGAUGAUAACUCCAAUACAGACGAAGAAAUCUCAGACGCCGAGACUGUAAAAUCUGAUAUAAGUACCACGAAACGGCCGUGGGUACACAGCGACUCUUUUAAAUUUGGGAGUAGAGAUUCUAAAUUUGAUAUUGAAGCGAUUUUAGAGGAUACCGAACAUAAUUUGGAAUCGAAAUGCGAGAGCGGUAUAAGUGUGGCUAGUUCUGAGAGUUCUUCGUCGGGGUAUGAGGACGACAGCGGUGUUCCGAGGGUAGAUACGGAUGUGCUUGACUGUGCUUCGCUUGAGCGGGUGCGGGGGGCCGGGGGUGUUCGCAGCGGGUCGGGGCGGCGGCGCUGGGAGGAGGCGGAGGGUACAAGCGAGGGUGACGCGCUCAGCGUGUCCAGUGCGGCCUCCAGCUGCGCGCCCUUACAUCUCGCGCAUCACCACGACUAUAGUAAAGUUUCGCCGACGCCCCCCAAGAAACCCCCCCGACGGAACCUGUCGGUGUCCCCCACCCACGCCAACUCCCCCUCCUCCGGGUACAGCUACGAGCUCAGGGCGCACGCCAGGAGCCAGGAUGAUUUGGAUGACAUACAGGGUGCUAAACAUUACCUCAAGCAUGGUCGCUCCGUAGAUCAAUACGUGGACAGUAAACUAUCGUAUGCCGAAUAUGAGGAGAACCAUAACUCUGCCAGAGUAAUACCCAUCCCCAAUCCCAGACCCAGCCUCAAAAACCGCUCGCAGCCUGUCGCCAUCACGGCUAUGUACGAAAAUGUCGUCAUAAAAGAACAGAAUCCCAGACGGAAGCUUAAACGUAACAAUUUUCCACCUUCCUACGAAAAUAUCGAGAUCAGAAUGAACGACAGACCUAGAAAGUUCUCGAAUCAAGAACGGUCUUCUCUUGAAAGUUUAUUAGACGAUCAGUCGAUGAAUAGCCCGAGCGAAUGUGAACGGUAUUACGAUAGGCAUAAAGCGACUAUUCCCUUGUCACCGACACAUUACGACCAGCCGCCGACUCCUGACCACCCGCCUCCGUCAGCCAAACAAGCAGAGAACAGCAUACACGAACGGAUCAGGCCGCUGAGUCAGGAAUACAAACGGAGAUCUAUGCUGCGCGACAGUCAAACGGAGACUGAGAUGUGUUUGCUGCGCGCCGCGUCUGCCGCAUCAGUCGCCAGUGGCGCCACGGAUCGUAGCGGGAACACAGACAACUAUGUGGAGGAGUACGUCUGCGAUGUUCCCUUUGCUGGCCUCUUCAAAGGCUCGACUACAACUCUCGACGGCAUCGGUCUUCGGCCGAUGCCAGCCGAAAGACCGAAGACGUUGCGGAAACUGAAAUCAGUGUACGACGCCUCUCCUACAGACCCGCCGACUAUCACCAACACGAACUUAAGCAGCAAUGGACAGGUGGACAGAAAUAUCAACGGCAUGGAAGACGAAGUUAGAAGAAGAAGCAAUACGACCAGUUCCACGCACAGCGGGGACAAGUCACUGUCAAUACUCAGCCCCUUUGAUGAACAGGAGGAAUGGGCGAAGAUCUCCGAGAUAAUGGCGUCGUUCGGCAGUAAGCUGGUCCGGGAAUCAGUCUUCGUGUCAGAAUUGGAGCAGGAGUUCACAUCACGCCUUGGCCUGAGCUGUUCUGAGUCAAGUCUCAGCCCUUCAGUGGCAUCGAACCUUGGCUUCUGGCUCUCCAGUCUCGGCCUGCAUGAUUACGAACCACUCUUCUUGGAGAGCGGUUAUGAUGAUAUUGAAUUUAUUAACGGCAUACUCGACGAGAACGACCUCCGUGAAAUGGGAAUCGAAGAGAACGACAGACAGAAGAUAUUAGAAUCAUCAAAACAAUUACCUCUUAAGAUAACUGAAAUAAGCAAUAAUCAUAACAAUAAUAAUAUAAGUAAACACCAAAACGAAACAGUAGACGAAUGGUUAAGGAAUAUUAAUUUAGAACAAUAUAGUGAUACGUUCAGAAAACAUUUAUAUGUAGAUAUGGAUAGGGUUAAGAGGAUUUGGGAAGUGGAACUGACGGCUGUACUGGAAAUACAGAAAGCGGGACAUCGGAAGAGGAUCCUGUGUUCUGUUUCUGGUGAACAGAAUGGCCCUGUCAAUAAUAUAGAAGAUAUAAAUGCUGAUCUCAGUACAUUGAAAAGUAAUAUACAGCAACUUAAAGAAGAAAUUAAAGAGAAAUUGCCUUCGGAAAAUUUGAAACCUGUGCCGCCUCCUGUAGUUCCUAGCCUAGCGCCUCCUGGCGGGGAGACGUUGAAGCGUAGCAAGAAGAACAGGCCCGCGCCUCAGCCGCCUAGACCGUCGGAUCUGGAGAUCCGAGCGCCGUCGGAACUGCUAGUUGGUGUUCCGGGAGCGCUGAAAACGCAGUGGAAACAUCAGCCAUUUGUAUUGGUCACAGGAGCUGUUACUUAUGUAGCUAAUUAUCUGGGAUCAACUGUAGUGAAGGAACUUCGUGGUACUGAAUCAACAAAGAAGUCGAUACAAAAACUCAAGAAGACUACUAAAGAGCCUCGGGAUUCCCCAGACAUCAUACUGUCGAUAAGCUACAGAGGCGUAAAAUUCUUAAACACUAUCACAAGGGAGUUAAUCUGCGAGCACGAGAUUCGUAAUAUCCACUGCGCGUGUCAAGACGCGGACGAUCUGACGCACUUCGCCUACAUCACCAAAGACCACGCCACACGCAGCCAUUAUUGCCACGUCUUCAGAGUCGCUACCAUGGAUCAAGCGACCGAAGUAAUUUUAACACUAGGCGAGGCGUUCGAAGUUGCGUAUCAAAUGGCAUUAAGAGAACAAUCGAAUCGCGCGAGAGUGACGCACUCUCUAACCAAAACACCAACACAUGAUGCUAAUAAAGAGAAACUCAAUUUGAACCACGGAAGGUCCCAUUCUAUUACAGAGAUCAAGUUAAAUGGUCACCAGUUAAAGAUCGCUCCAAUACCAGCUUCGUUGUCCAAUGAAGAUUUCCAAGCGUCCAGAACAGAUGGUGCUAGAAGCCCAAGAACUCCUCUACUAAAAGCACCAAUCGCUUCAACAGAAGAAUUGUGAAAGCGAAAAGGUUUUCCAUAGAUUUUUGUAAGUUAUUUUUACAUCCAUUUUCUUUUUCCCACGCACAGGUUACUGUGAGAUUGAAUGAUGGAUUUGAAAAUAUUUUCAUAUGAAAACUUUUGUAUUUGCAUUUUAUAUGAAAGAUUCAAUUGGGUAAACAAUUUUUAU